AUGCUGGGAAACUGGCACGGGCGCCAACUCAGUGGAGCUGUCUGGAGGUUGGAGUUGCGGAUCCGGGAGGAUUACAGUGCGGAUGGCGAUGCUUGGAGCUAUCUGACCUACGAUGACGCUCGGUCGCGCACUUAUCGGUGGGGUGAAGACGGUAUCGCCGGUGUCUCCGAUACACACGGCCUGCAGAACAUCGCUUUUGCCUUUUGGAACGGCGAGGACGACUUCCUAAAGGAGCGCCUCUUCGGUCUGUCCAACCCCCAGGGUAACCAUGGUGAAAGUGUCAAGGAAGCCCAUUUCCAUGUGGACAAUACCCCGACGCACUCGUACAUGAAAUUCCUGUACAAAUACCCCCAGAGGAAAUUCCCGUACCAGGAUCUCGUGGACGAGAACGCCAAGCGCUCGCGCUUGGAGAAAGAAUACCAGAUUUUGGACACUGGUAUCUUCGAUGAGAACCGCUACUGGGACAUCUACAUCGAGACUGCCAAAGAAGCCGAUGACGAAGAAGAGCUGCUCUUCCGUGUUAUCGCAUACAACCGUGGCCCAGAGCCAGCCCACCUGCACAUUGUUCCACACGUGUGGUUCCGAAACACAUGGGCCUGGGGCGACGAGAAGCAAAAGGAAAAGCCUUCGAUCAAGAAGGAAGGUUCCCUUGUCGCUAAGACAGAACACAGCAAGAUCGGCGAGCGCUAUGUCUCGUUUGCGCCCUCGCCCCCCGUUGGUUCCAGUGACGACGAUGUUCAGCCCGAGCUGAUGUUCACUGAGAAUGAGAGCAACAACAAGUUGCUGUGGGAUACUGAGAACACCACUCCCUACGUGAAGGAUGCCUUCCACCGCCACAUCGUGGAGGAGGAGAAGGGCGCCAUCAACCCGGAUAACGAGGGCACCAAGUUCGCUGCGUGGUACGCCUUCAACAACGGCGAGGGUGUCCCACCCGGUGAAUGUGCCGUUGUUCGUUUCAGAGUCUCUCGCAAGAAGGAGGACUUUGUUGACGAAGAAGUCCUCGAUGAUGUGAUCGAGCAGCGUCGCGCCGAGGCCGAUGACUUCUACUACCACCUCAACCCUCUCCCCAUGAGUGAUGACCUUCGCAACAUCCAGCGUCAGGCAUUCUCUGGAAUGAUGUGGUGCAAGCAGUACUACAACUUUAUCUGGGACCAGUGGGCGAAUGGCGACCCCGCCGAGAUUGCUCCCCCAGAGGGACGAAAGGGCAUUCGCAACGAGCAGUGGCGUCAUCUGUACAUUGACGACAUCCUGUCUAUGCCCGACUCAUGGGAAUAUCCCUUCUUCGCGGCGUGGGACACUGCAUUCCACUGUAUUCCACUGGCGAUGAUGGACCCCGAGUUCGCAAAGAAGCAACUCGACCUCUUGACUCGAGAGUGGUACAUGCACCCCAACGGCCAGCUUCCCGCUUAUGAGUGGAAUUUUGGUGACGUGAACCCUCCUGUGCAUGCGUGGGCUGUGUUCCGCACGUUCAAGAUCGAGCGCAAGAUGUAUGGACGGCAGGAUCUGGACUUCCUGGAGCGCGUCUUCCAGAAGCUGCUGCUGAACUUCACCUGGUGGGUGAACCGAAAGGAUACCAGUGGCAAGAACGUCUUCGAGGGUGGCUUUUUGGGACUCGAUAACAUCGGUCUGUUCAACCGCUCCGAGCCAUUGCCCACUGGUGGUGUUCUCGAGCAAGCCGACAGCACUGGCUGGAUGGCAUUCUACUCCUUGACCAUGCUGAACAUCGCUUUGGAGCUGGCCAAGCACCGUCGCAUCUACGAGGACAUUGCAUCCAAGUUCUUUGAGCACUUCUUGCUCAUCAGUGACGCCAUGACUUUCCGUAACGGAGACGACACCGUGCAGUCGCUCUGGAACGAAGAUGACAGCUUCUACUACGAUGCUAUCUCUUAUGGUGGACCGUGGACUCAACAGCUCCCCAUCAGAUCCCUCGUCGGCCUGAUCCCGCUCUACGGUGUCUUGACCCUAGAGCCCGAGCUGAUCAAGAAGUUCCCCUCUUUCAAGCGACGAGUGGACUGGUUCAUCGAGAACCGAUCAGACGUCGCCGAGCGCAACAUCGCCAGCAUGAAGCACCGCGGCAAGGACGACAGACUUCUCCUUGCCCUCGUAAGCAAAGAGCGCCUCAUCAAGAUCCUCGAGCGCAUGCUCGACGAGACUGAGUUCCUCUCCAAGCACGGUAUCCGCUCCAUGUCCAAGUACCACGAGGAUCACCCCUACUCGAUGGACGUCAAUGGCCAGACUUUCAAGGUCGGCUAUGUCCCUGGAGACUCCGAUUCCGCCCUCUUCGGCGGAAACAGUAACUGGCGCGGUCCCAUCUGGCUCUGUGUCAACUUCCUCAUCGUCGAGUCCCUCCUGCGCUUCUACAUGUUCUACGGCGAUUCCCUCCAAGUCGAGUGCCCAAAGGGCUCGGGCGACUACAUGCACCUGGGCCAUGUGGCCGAAGAGCUCCAGCACAGAAUGCAGCAUCUAUUCGCGCGAGACGACGAAGGUCGUCGCGCCGUCAACGCAGGCUCUGACCUGCUCGACUUCGACGAACAUUGGAAAGACAACCUUUGGUUCCACGAGUUCUUCGACGGCGACACAGGCCGCGGUCUCGGUACCUCCCACCAGUGCGGAUGGACCGGUCUCAUCGCAAAGAUCAUCCAUGACACCGGUAUCAACUGCCGUCUGCCGCAGACCCCUCGCUCGCCAUUCGCUGCUGCAUCGCACUAUUUCGACGAUAUCUUCUCUCGCUCUGGUCGCCCCCGUGGCUCUAGUCGUCCAUCUGUUCGUCGGUCAUCGACUACGCGCUCGAUCGGCAAUCGCAGUGACUUCUACUCUGGAGAGGCAACGCCUGCUGCCUCUACCGUGCUGGAUGAUGAAGAGGAGAGCCGUGGCCCUAGUCGGUCUCUGAGUCGUCGUGGCAGCACGGUCGACCCGGAAGAUGAAGAUCAUGUCAGCCACUAUGUCGAGAGCCAAUUGCAGCGCGUGCGUAGCUCGGCUUCGAUUGCAAACUAUGAGGACGAGUUUGAGACCAAGGCUGAUAAGGCCAAUGGUCAGAACGGCGGGAAUGGUCACUCUUAA